CACAGAAUUCCCAUCAUGCACUGCAAAAGGAACUAAUAGCGCGAAAGCACCGUUACGAAAGCGAAUCAUGAAAUAAAAACAAAUAAAAUAACAGAAACUCCGGCGAUAAUUCAUGUGUUGCCCAAGAUUAUGAUUUUAUGUUCCACAUCAGUCAAGGUUUAGAAAGAGACCUUCAUAUUCAGUCAUGACGGGACAAAACUUGUCUUCCCCAGUCCUCCAAGGUGUGGUGGCGUAUGUUGACGUGUGGUCUGCGAGCAGGAUGGAGGAUUACUCGCAUCCAUUCAUACAGCAACUUCUGGACAUGGGUGCCAAAGUAUCUAAGACGCUCAACAAGCAAGUGACUCAUGUCAUCUUCAAACAUGGCCGCCCGUCCACAUGGAAGAAAGCCCAGAAAAUGGGAGCGAGAACUGUGUCUGUUCACUGGGUGGCAAGUUGCAAAGAAAGUGGUGAACAUGCUGAUGAAGAUCUUUUUCCUGCACAGAAUGAAGAGUCCAAACAUUAUCUUUUAAACAAAAGAACACACCGUUGCAUGCAGCCAAGAGAUAUUCCAGUAAAGACUCCAGAGAAUGAUCGACGGAUGAAAAAGAAACUGGAUAAAAUGAUGGAGGGCCUCGUCUCUUCAUCCCCUGUUGUUUCUGAUACAUCACCAUUCAUUAUUGAUGAGGAGAGUGGAAUAGUGUACAGUCCCUCUUUAAAGCGCUCUGACGGCAUGGCUCAACGUCUGAAAGAGAUGAGAGCUCAACGUGAACACCUCUCACCCACAGCCUCACAGAUGAAGGACAGUGGAUCAGGAUCUGAUGCAUCUUUGAGACCUUCGGUUGGUGCCUCACCAACACUCUCUUUCUUGCAGCAGCUCGAGGAAGAACCUUUGGAUUGUUUUUCAACAUCUCGCCAGCACUCCUCAAAGGAUAAAGAUGAAAGUGCUAACCAGAAAGGGAAUAAGAAGUCAGCAACAAAAAUAACUAGUAAACUAUUUAGCCAGACACAUCCUGAGCCGAACACAGCUGCCAUGUGUAAUUUGUCCAGCAUUGAAAAAAAUCCUAAAGUCCCAGCGUUAUCUUCAAGAUCAAGAAGGUCGUUGGUGAACAAAACUGAAAAAAAGAAGCAGACCACUUUAGAGAAUUACGUUCAUAAAACCUGCUCUGAAAGCAAAAACAUCUCGCAUCAACCUGAAACCCAGUCAUCCAGCAGUCCUGAAAGACCCAGACCUUCCUUGUCGGAAAGCUUCAAGAAAACAAACAGAGGCAAAACGGCAGAGGAUUCCAAAGACUUGGAGACCAAGACUAAAACGUCUACACUAAAAAGUCCAGCAGGCAGGUGUUUUACAGAAAAUGAAGAUGUUUUCCAAAAAAGUGAGCUAGGUACUCCCAAGGCUGUUUCUAAAGUUGCACGUCAGCGAUGGAGCUCUGCUGCGUUGUGUUCAGCUGGCUCUGUUUGUAGUCCAGAUGAUGGUGAGGAGUUUGAAGACUUCUUCUCACCAGCCAACAAUGCCCACAAACAGAGAGUCAUUUUAUUUGGUUCUACCUCAGAAGCAGUUAACCUGCCCACUUUUGACCUGGAGAAUCCCAACAAGAAGGACAAAAAAUCCUCUACAAAAUUAUGUGGUAGAAAGCGGAAACAUGAAAAUAUUGAUAUGAAAGAAAUGCCGUUUAAUUCUUUGAGCCCUGAGAAUAAGAGUGAGGAAAUUAUCGCUGAGACACCUGAAUCAAGGCCUGAGCGUUUGUCUAUUAGGAGGUCUGAGGUGAAUGAAACACCCAAAUCUGAAGAAAUAAAACUUGAACCACUGACAAAGAAACAAAAGAGGCGUACCAGAAGCUCUGUUGUUUCCUAUGAAGAGGAGGAUGGUGCAGGUUCAGAUAAGCCCCAAUCUGCUAGAGAAAGGAAGAGUUGGACAAUUUCCUCUCUGACAGCAUCCACAGCGGUUAAUGUGAAGCUCCAGAAGAGUCCUGAACCUGACCCUACACUCAAACAUGGUAUUGAAAAGAGAAUAAGAUUAAAAAUUGUAGGCAAAGAAAAUAAAAGCACAGCUGAUGGGCUUAAUAAGAGAACGUCUGAAAUGUGCAGCAAACAGGGAAUUAUGAAAAAGGACAAAUACAUAAAGAAAAACAGAUCCUUGGUAAUGACAAGCAUGCCCACUGAGAAGCAGGAGGUUGUCUUCCAGUUAAUCAGAAGUUUGGGUGGCUUCGCAGUGGUGGAUGAAGUGUGUGAAAGCACCACUCACGUUGUGUCCGGGAGCCCCCGUCGAACCCUUAACAUCCUCUUGGGCAUUGCACGAGGCUGCUGGAUCCUCUCAUUUGAAUGGAUCCUCUGGUGUUUGGAGCACAGGCAAUGGGUUCCUGAGGAACCUUAUGAACUUUCUGAUCAUUUUCCUGCUGCACCUAUAUGCCGGCUCCAGCAGCAUCUGUCAGCUGGUGAGCAUCAGCAGGACCUGUUCCAGGAUCAGCCUCCCAUGUUUGUGUCCCCAUACUCUCAGCCUCCCUGCAGCAGCCUAUCAGAGCUCAUUCAGCUGUGUGGAGGUACUGUGUGCCGCAGUGUGCGACAGGCGGGAAUCUGCAUUGGAGACUAUAAGGGCAAAAAACCAGAGGAGAGCCACAGUCUUUCAGAACAGUGGGUUUUAGAUUGUGUUACACAUCUUGCACUACUCCCAUAUAAAAACUAUGUGUUGGAAUGAAAAUUCGAAGAGUGAGAUAUCCUGGUAUUUGCAAGAAGUGGAUAUGAAUUGUAUCUGUCUAGCUACUGUUAUUAAAUGUCUUUAAUAUUUUGUGACUGGCGAUUUAAAUUGCCAAAGUUUUUUUUACAUUGUCGUGUUAUUUUUCUAAGUUGUCUUUUAAGUGAUUGUAUGUGUAACAAGUAGUUUAAUAAAACUGACUGUCUAUAAACUGUGAAACAUGCUUCAUGUAAAAAUGCAAAGCUAAUGCAUUAUACAUCGCAAAGAACAAGUCAUUUAGAGAUAUUACAUCUCUCUCAAGAUUGUGAAUUUUUUUAUGAUUGCAAAACUAUGUAAACAAACUAUAACAAUAAAAAUCUGGCAUGACUACG